AGUGAUAUAUUUCUUGUGAGAAAAACUGUUUAUAUUUAUUUUUUGGUGAUUUAUAGUGAAUCUAGACUUAUAGGCUUUUUGGCGAAUCUAAGAACAUGACUGAAACUGGUUAUGUGAAGGCAAAAUCGGACAAUCUUCCGAAAAUAGAUGCAUUUAUGAUGACACAAUAUUUUGCAUCAAAUCUCGAUUUUACGAGCCCAGAGAUUAAAGGAGUGAAAGCUGCAAGAUCUGAACGAGAAUCUUAUGGUGAUUCGGCAGUUGGCUAUGUUCAAGUGAGACGAGAUGGAGAGAUAUGUACAGUUAAAGCUCGGAUUACACCUGAGCAUAAAGUACGACAGAAAUGUUAUUCGGUUAUUUGCACUUGCAAUGAAAAGGAAGAAACUAUUCUCUCUGUGCAAUGUGAAGAUUGUUCUGCACAUUUAGGUAACUGUUUUACUUGCUUAUUAUCCAUAGAUAUAAUAACACAAUAGAUUAGGCCAGGUCUGAAAAAUAGCGUAACGCGGAGCAGUUCGGGUCGGUGGUCUAUCUAUCUCUCUCUACCGGCGCUUAGCUUUCCCUCUCUAGCAUAUGAUGGCUGCCGCCUCUGUGUCACUGUCGUUCCAUUACUCCCACCUCUUGGUAGAUACGCUCACACUCGCACGACAGACAAAGAUAGCUAGACCACUGUACUUGAUAUUGGCGUUACACCCUGAUGCAUUGAGUGGCAUAUCCCUAGCCUGAUCUAUUGUUGACAUAUCUCUGUUAUUAUCGGUGACCUGCUCUUAAGCCCUAGUUGGUUAUUAAACCACACUGCUAUGAACUAUGUUAUAUUUUAAGCAUGCUAUAGCUUUUUUGGCAUGGCUACAUCGGCGUAGUGAAGAUCCGUCUCCCACUAGUGUAGAGUGCUAUUGGAAGAAAUCGAAGUUAUCGUCAAUUGGUACUAGCCUGCGGUUUAUAAAAGCUAAGGAAAUUUGUAGUGGACCUAAACAUAAACUUAUGCCAGUAGCUUUGAAUACUGAAAGCUUCCUCACAGUAGUUAGAAACAAUUGUAAUGGUUGGUGAUACGAACAAUCAUUUGAUGAAAUUUUAUAGAGAGCCAAACAAAGUGGAAAAGUUAUCUAUGCAUCAUCUACAGUCGUCAAGUAACGCUACAACCCCUCCUGAUUUUAUAGACUACUGUAAAAGUGUAAUGACAGUAGAUGCAUGCAAAGAAGCUGAAGCAGCAACUAGGAAUCAAAAUGAUUGCCCAUUGUGGCACGAGUUAAGGUAUGGAAGGAUCACUGCUUCAAAAGCAUACGAAUGUGCACAUUGUAAUACUUUUGAUGGAGCAUUAACUCGGACCAUAUUGGGAGCAACUAAAUUGAGGGACACAGAGGCUAUGCAAAGGGGUAGAUCCUUGGAAAGCCAUGUUUUAAAGCAAGUGGAAAAGAUAAAUGGCAUAAAAAUAAAUAAGUGUAGAUUAAAGUUAAGUGGCACAUAUCCUAUCAUGGGAGCUUCCCCAGAUGGUGAAACAACUACAUUAAGUAUUGAAGUAAAAUGCCCAACAUCCAAAAAAGCCAUGGAAAGAUAUAUCGGCCCAGGAAAUAAAGUUGCAGCAAAAUACAUGACCCAAGUACAACUACAGAUGUAUUUUUCUGUUAAAUCAAAGGCCCUGUUUUGUGUUGCUGAUCCUGACUUGAAAAAAAAAAACAAAAAAAGUAACAAUAUUAGAAGUGGAUUACGAUAGGCAACUUUGUGAAAAUUUGUUGGAAAAAUGCAACAUUUUUUGGAAUAACGCCAUCUUUCCCAAACUGUAUAAAUAUGUAGAUGAAAAAAUUUAAUAGUAAGAUUAUUUCUGUUUUGUGUAUUGUAGAGGUAUUUCUUUAAUUUCUAAUUAUCAAUGAGAUUCAAUAAAACUUCUUUUUUUUUUGUAGACAUGACUAUCUGUUUUUUUUUCAAUGUGCCUCCAGUAAGUUGUCAUCCCAUCCCAUCAACAGUUAUUAAUGUUGUUAUUCUUGCAUCUCCAUCGUAUAUCUGUCCCAUAGUGUCUUACCAUGGAUGGGUUUUCAUUUUUGCUGUUUCUAGCAUUAUUUUUGUCCUCUCUGAAUCAGACAGUAUUUCUGCUGCAUAUUGAAUGCACUCAUUAUUGCACUCCGGCUCUAAUUUACAUCUUAGUAGAUUUGCUGUUAUAACUAAGCAUUUUGUCUUUUUUGGGGAAAUUAACAUGUUAAAUUUUCUGGUAGUUAUAUUAAAUUGGUGCAGCAUAUGUUGUAAAUCGUCUUCACUUUGAGAUAUUAGUAUUGUAUCGUCUGCAUAGCAGUUGUAAAUUUAGUUGUUACUUUUUUUAUUAUUUCAUCCAUCAUCAAGUUAAACAAUAGAGGACUCAGGGAAUCCCUCUGUCUUGUCCCAUUGCCAACUUCAAUUGGGUCAGUUAGUGCUUCUUCUACUUUUACUAGUACUGUUGUUCUAGUAGAUAUUUUCGAUCGCUUUAAUUAUUCCUAGAAGUACCUCUCUUGCAUACAAUAAAUGGAUAACAUAAAAGUCUUCUUAAGGUCCAUGCAACAUAAAUGCAGAUUUUUUGUAUUCUAAUGAACCUCACGAAUUUGUUGAACAUGCCUUAUUAUAAAUAUAGAGUCAGUGAAUGACCUUCCCAACUUAAAACUUUGUAAAAAAAAAAUUAAUAAAACAAAUUUAAACAUACAUGUUUUUUAUUUUGACUUCCCAAUAUAUUUACAAGAUUACAAUAAAUGUGAUUAAUAUGUAUUUUUCAGUUUAAUUUUUGGUCAAAGUACAUUGCAAGGUAAAGUAUUUGAUAGUUUCUUUCUGCUGAUUUAUAAUUAGUUUUUUAUUGUUCUUGAUUAUAAUACAGGCUACAGGCUCCACUAUAAGCUGGGUGUGUGGUAUUCUAGGUUAUUUAGUUUAGUAUUUUAAAUCAGCUUCUACUUGUAAAACCAGUUUCACAUAUUAUUAUUAUCAUUAUAUCAAUGUCAUGUUUGAUAAUAAUGUUGGGUCAGUCCAUUGGUCCAUUGACUGUAGGUUAGUCAUUUUAGGAGGUUUAACAUAGUUGACAUUUACUCCAUAAAUCCUUUAAUUAUUGAUCCAAGUUUAAAUAUUAGAAUA